AUGCAAGUCUGCGCCCGGGCGCGUCGCGUCGAGAAGCAGACGUGCACGCGUGUGAAUGUGCACGCGUGGCCCCAGAGCCAGUGCUCACGCAUGCAGCAUACGAAUAGGCACGCAGGUGCCCAGGAUGCACGUAUGCAUGGAUGCAAGCUGGCAUCCAUGCAUGCACGCGCGGGUCUCUCCGGAGGCACGGCUGAGCACGCACGCACAGGUGAGUGCUCGCAGGUGUCUGCACGAGGGAGGCGGCGGACAGGCGGCCCCCCUCCCGCCGGCUCGCCUCGCUCCCUCCUCGCGGGCAGCCCCGCCUUCCCCGGGAGCUGGUGCCCGGCCCCGCCCCCUUCCCCCCCCCGCUCCGCCAGCCCCGCCCCUCGGGGCGAGCCUCGGCCUCCGCCGCCGCCGCGGGGGAGGGGAGGCGAAGAGGGGGAGGAGGAGGGAGGCCUCCCGCCGCCCCCGCCCUCCCUGCGCGCUCCUCGGCGGCGGCCCCAUGUCCCCGGGCCCGAAGCCCCGCGGCGGGCGGCCCCCCCCGCGCGCGGCCGAGGUGGGGCGCCUCGUGUCCCCGCCCCACGCCGCCACGCUCCCCCGCGCCCGCCAGGGACAUGGUACGUUCCAGUGGCCCCGCGCUCAGCCCGGCCGGGGGGGCUUCGGCGGCGGCGGGGAGGACGCGGCGGCGGCGGCGGACGAGGGGCCGGGGCUGGGGCCGGCGAGCCGGGGCCGAGGGCGCAGCAGCGAGCCGAGAGCC